CGUUGAUGUGUGUAUGGGGUCCACGCUGUGUCCUGUAGUGCGAGUCUAUGAAUGUGUGUUCAGUUGCUCGGGCCUUGAUCUUGUCCUCCCAGUGGUCUGCUUGUAACCCAGUGAGAAUUAGAAUCAUGUGUAAAGAGCUGAAGACACCAGUGCUGAGGUUGUUACCGGCGGCUCAGGACAGAGACACACCGGAUGACCUGCAUAUUCUCCACUCUACACGAAAGGCUCUAAAAGAAGGCCAGGUCAUCGCUGUUCCCACGGAUACAAUCUAUGGCCUUGCUUGCUUGGCUCAGAAUUCAGAAGCGAUCAAGAGGGUGUAUGAGAUCAAGGGCAGAAAUGGCAAUAAACCUUUAGCCAUUUGUGUUGGAGAAGUACAAGACAUAUACAAGUAUUGUAAAGUGACUGUAAAAGAAGAGCUUCUGAAAGAUCUUCUUCCUGGACCAGUCACUCUGGUUCUUGAACGGUCUGAAACACUGAAUGCAGAUCUCAAUCCAUUCACUAGGCUUGUUGGUGUCCGCAUCCCGGACCAUCUCUUCAUGAGACGCUUGUGUCAGAUGUGUGAUGAGCCACUUGCUCUAACAAGUGCUAAUAUCAGUACACAGUCCAGCACUCUUGCAGUUCAUGAGUUUGAAGAGCUGUGGCCAAGACUAGCCAUUGUAGUAGAUGGUGGUCCAAUAACAGAUCAAAGUCGACUGGGCUCAACAGUUGUGGACCUCUCAGUCCCUGGCAGCUAUCGCAUUAUCAGACCUGGCUGUGCCUGUUCAGCCACAGUUGCUGUACUGGAGAAGAAAUAUGCGUUGGUGGAGGAUUCUGCCAAUUAAUCAAGGUUUAGCUCUUUAUUAUUAUCCUGCUAAAGCGCACAAUCCAGGAACUGUUUGACAGACAUCUGUAUUCUAAAUUAUUGGACUGAGAAGCCAAUACAAAAUAUAUACGGAUGUGUCUGGAAAUUAGAAUAGUCUCAUCCAUGUGAAUAUUUGCCUUGAUCUUUCUAUUGUCUGACUUUAGGGUUAUCAUAAGACACUCUUUCAUACCACUGUUACUAAUCAUCCUUCACAUCACAAUGCAAACUUUAAUUCAGUGGUCGGCAAUGGUGACAUACCAGAGCAUGAUGUGUAAGGCUUUUUUUUUUUUUUUUCCCUUUCUAACAGUUUGAGGAAGGCAUUUUGGGUCUCAAAAUAUUUGUUAGCUUAGAGUAUUGGGAAUAUUCUCUCAGAUGUCAAAUGUAGGUUAUUGAACACUCAGUUAAAGCUGUACAGUGUAAAGUGCUUACUUGAAAUCAGGAAAAGGUUUUUACUUACGAUGUUCUUUUACAUUUGAUAUAUUUGUAACUUAUUUAUUGUUUUCAAUAGUUACUCAAUGGAUUUUGUAUAUUAGAGAGACAAAUGCAAGUUUAUAGUAAAAUGAUGGUGCAGUUUACAUUGUACUGAGUUGCAUUGGGGACCAAAGAUGAUUCAGUAAUAUUGAAAAUGAUCUUCAGUGCCAUUUCACCUAGAGGAAUAUAAAUUAAAAUGAAUACAAAUUAAAUAAUAUUUUAUUCAAA